AUGAUGAGAGGAGGGAGUUCGACAGCAAGAUGCCAAGAAUGUGGAAAUCAGUCUAAGAAAGACUGUGGAUAUAUGAGAUGUAGAACUUGCUGCAAAAGCAGAGGGUUUCAAUGUGCAACCCAUGUGAAAAGCACGUGGAUCCCUCUCUCUCUACGCCGUCCAAGACAACAACAAUUCUUUCAGCAUUCUCAACUUCACAAUGAUGAUCAUCAACUUCAAACCCAAUCCACAAUUCCUAACCCUAAAAGAACCAAACCCUUCAAUCUCACUUCUAAUACUUCUUCAUCAGGGAUGCAAAAUGGGGAUCAAUUUCCAGCAGAAGCAACCAUGAAGGCAACAUUUAAAUGUGUUAGAAUGAUGUCAUCAACAGAUGAUGUUGUGAAUCAAUGUGCAUAUCAAACUUCUGUUAACAUUGGAGGACAUGUUUUCAAAGGUGUUCUUUAUGAUCAAGGGCCAGAUAAUGAUCAUCAUCAAGAUCAAGAUCAUGAUCAUCAACGUAAUCAGACUGCUUGCUACAGUACUGUUGCUGAUCCUUGGUAA